AUGGUACUCGCAUUUCGACAACACCAAGGGUUACCUCAAAAUGUCUCAGAAUUACCGAUGGGAGUUUUUGGUCCCUUAGAAACAACAAACAGAACCAUACCAAUCAUUGCUUCGCCUCAAGAAACCCCCAACAAUAACGAAGACCCAGAAAUUGCCCGAAAACAUCAGUUAGAAGAGGAAUCAAAUUCAAUCUCAAAUGGUCCACCGGGAAAGAAACCUCGACUAACCAACGGUUACGAAAAUGGAAUUUCAAAUGGAAGUUCGAAUGGAAUGUCGAAUGGAAAUGGAAGCGGGAACGGAAGUGUGAAUUAUUAUGAAUCAGCUUCAACACCCAUGGAAAUUGAUGGUGAUCAAAAUGGAGAUGGCCAUGCUUAUCCAUCACCAGAGCAGUUACCAUCACCAAUUACUGCCACCAGUGGACCAGAAAAAGGUACUCAAUAUGAUAAAGUUUCAAACCUCAAAACCGAAACGUUAUAUCUAGAUUUAUUGGACGAUAAUGCAUCGAAAUCGACCAUUUUAUAUCGUUGCGAAUGGAAUCCAAAAAUACCACAUUUCUUGGCUGUGGGAGGUACUGAUUCAUUAGCUCGAAUGUGGGACCUUUCACGUACGGUUACUGAUCAAAGCAAUGGAAGUAAUCCUCUUCCUAAUGCUUCAGAAAUGAAUGGGAAUGGAAGCUUCCCACCAUGUACUCAUCUUCUCGAACCUCUAGCGCCCCGAGCGACAGUUGUUAAUGAGCUUACCUGGUCAUCUGAUGGGAACCAUAUUCUUGUUGCUAGUGAGCAGUCUGAAGGAACAGCAAAUGUUGCUGUUUGGUCUGUCAAGGGUCAACUAUUGCAUACAUCUGCUCCAAUGGAAACUCCAGUCAUUUCAGUGAGAUGGAAUUUCUCGAAUACACUGUUUUUGUCGAUCUCUCCAAUUACAGUUACACCAAAUGCUAUUGGAACAGCCGUUAUCAUCACUUCAAUGACCGAUUUUCGAACUAUACAAUAUACAUUACCGUCGGUGCCUCUUCUAGAAUACCCAUUAGAGGCUUUAUGGAUGAGUGAUGAAGAUUUCAUCGUGUACGGGGGUGAAUUCCUAGAGAUAUUUCGAAUUACUGAUGGAAUUGUUGAACAUGUAAUGAAACUUGAGCAUCGUGAUCAGCAUCGACUGUCUCAUGCUACUUUCGACAGGGUUUCAAAAUUACUUGCGACUGGUAGUGAAAGUGGUAUGAUUGAUAUAUGGGACGAGCAUGGUCGUUCUCGAACGUUCAAUGCGCACACUGGACCAAUUACCUCCCUCAUUGCUAGCUUCAUCAAGUGA